UUAGUUUUAAAUACAAUUUAACAUUAAAAUAAUGCCAUAUUUACUAAUAUCAACACAAAUACGUUUGGAAUGUGGGCCCACUAUAGUGGGCGACUCGCUUAGCGAUCCCCAACUUAUGGCUAAAUUAAAUGCCAUAAAGUGUACACAAAUGGGCAAUAAAUUUGAGGAAUGGCGUACUGAUGACUGUCCACGUAUUGUAUUGGAUAAACUCGAUGGCAUGGGAUAUACCGUUAUAUCGAUGACAGGGGUCGGUCAGACAUGUUGUUGGACUCUAUAUAAGCCAAUUGAUAGUCAAUAA